UGCGCGCGGCGGGAGGGGUCGGUGUUGCGCGCGGCAGGCGGAGCCCGCGGCGGGGAGGGGAGGGGUCCUGACCGUCGCCCCUUCCCCCCCCGCCCUCCGCGUCUGUGGCCUCACCGCCCGGGCCGCCGCCUGCGCCGUGCCUCCCGCCGGAUCUGGCUGCGGGAAGAGAGCUGUGCCUUGAGCAGUGGAGCCUGAAUCCCUGUUGUUGCCCCCGGUCCCGUACUGCUGCCAACUGCGCUUUGGCGUCCUCACUAGCAGGCCUUAUGAAUAGCUGUCUCCCAGAAGAGCGGCUCAGAGUCACAGAACCUUAGAGAUUGGAAGGGACCUCCAGAGAUCAUCCAGUCCAAGCACCCUGCACGAGGCAAGAUCACCCAGGGCAGUUUGCACAGGAAUGCAUCCAGGAGGGCUCUGAAAGUCCAGAGAAGACUCCACAACUUCUCUGAGCAGCCUGCUCCAGGAGUCUGCUACCCUCACUAUAAAGAAGUUUCUCCUCAUGCCGAGAAUCUGAAGCAGCAGGAUGGAAGAACUCUGACGGAAACAGAUAAGACCCUUUCAGCAUGGAGACCCUUCUGGGUGAUGGGGAACUUGAUAGAAAUUCACAUCCUGGUGACACCAGAGACUCUCACGGACCAUCAACAGUGGUAACAAACAGCGAUGAAUCUCAGCUUUUAACUCCAGGAAAAAUGAGCCAGCGACAGGGCAAGGAAGCCUAUUCUACUCCAACCAAAGAGCUACUCCAGCCAUCUCUCAGCCCAGGAACUGCCCAUAGCCAUGGUUUCGAUAAAGGGAAGGACGAUGUGUCACAGAGCAAAGAGGAUACAGCACACUCCAUGUCAAAAAGCAAGUCUGAGUCCAAGCUCUUCAAUGGCUCCGAGAAGGACAUCUCCUUGUCUGCAAGCAAACUUACGAAAAAGGAAUCUCUCAAGGUUCAGAAGAAAAAUUACAGAGAAGAAAAGAAGAGAGCUACGAAAGAAUUACUUAGCACUAUCACAGACCCAUCAGUUAUUGUCAUGGCUGACUGGCUGAAGAUUCGUGGUACCUUAAAAAGCUGGACCAAACUGUGGUGUGUGCUGAAACCAGGAGUGUUGCUUGUUUACAAAACUCCCAAAAACGGCCAGUGGGUAGGAACAGUGCUCCUGAACGCUUGUGAACUCAUUGAGAGGCCUUCUAAAAAAGAUGGGUUUUGUUUCAAACUUUUCCAUCCUUUGGAGCAGUCCAUAUGGGCUAUAAAGGGUCCCAAAGGCGAAGCAGUUGGCUCUAUAACUCAGCCAUUGCCCAGCAGUUACUUGAUCAUCCGAGCUGCCUCAGAAUCAGAUGGCAGGUGUUGGAUGGAUGCUUUGGAGCUGGCACUGAAAUGUUCCAGUCUGCUUAAGCGUACCAUGAUUAGAGAAGGCAAGGAGCAUGACUUGAACUCUGCAGCAGACACUACUCAAGUCUCUCUCUAUGGCCUGCUCCGGGCUAACAACUUGCACAGUGGAGAGAACUUACCGUUAAAUGACAGUGAAAUUGAGAGGCAGCACUUUAAAGAUCAAGAUGUGUACUCUGACAAAUCUGAUAAGGAAAAUGACCAUGAGGAGUCUGAUAAUGACGGCUUGGGGAAAAGCGAGGAGAGCGACAGCGACACGUCGGAGCGGCAGGAUGAUUCUUACGUCGACCUGGAGCCCGUCAACAUCAGGGAAACUACUUACGUAGAGCAGAGCCAUGAAGAACUUGGGGAGGCAGGGGAGGCUGCUCAGACAGAGGUAGUGUCAGAAGAAAACAAAAGCCUGAUCUGGACACUACUGAAGCAAGUGCGACCAGGAAUGGACUUGUCCAAGGUUGUGCUGCCUACGUUUAUCUUGGAACCUCGUUCUUUCCUGGACAAGUUGUCUGAUUACUACUACCAUGCAGACUUUCUGUCUGAAGCUGCUCUGGAGGAGAAUGCUUACAACCGCAUGAAAAAAGUAGUGAAGUGGUACCUGUCAGGAUUCUACAAAAAGCCAAAGGGACUGAAAAAGCCCUACAAUCCUAUCCUCGGGGAGACCUUCCGCUGCAUGUGGAUCCAUCCGAGGACCAACAGCAAGACGUUUUAUAUAGCUGAGCAGGUGUCACAUCAUCCUCCAAUAUCUGCCUUCUACGUUAGCAACCGCAAGGAUGGGUUUUGCCUCAGUGGUAGCAUUCUGGCCAAAUCCAAAUUCUAUGGGAAUUCAUUGUCUGCCAUACUAGAUGGAGAGGGACGGCUAACAUUCCUGAACAGGGGAGAAGAUUAUGUCAUGACCAUGCCCUACGCUCACUGUAAAGGAAUUCUUUAUGGCACAAUGACCUUAGAGCUUGGGGGAACAGUCAACAUCACCUGUGAGAAGACUGGCUACAGUGCAACGAUUGAAUUCAAACUUAAGCCUUUUUUGGGUAACAAUGACAGCGUUAACCAAAUAUCAGGGAAAAUUAAGCUUGGCAAAGAAGUUCUGGCUCUUUUGGAAGGUCACUGGGACAGUGAAGUUACCAUUACUGAGAAGAAGACAGAUGUUUCAGAGACAUUCUGGAACCCGACACUGGACAUCAAGCAGCACAGGUUACCUAGGUACACAGUGAAGUUUGAAGAGCAAGACGACUUUGAGUCAGAGAAGCUUUGGCAACAAGUGACAAGAGCAAUAAAUAAUAAAGACCAGACAGAAGCUACUCAAGAGAAAUACGUUCUGGAAGAAGCUCAGAGAAGGAGUGCCAAAGAGAGGAAGCUUAAGGGUGAAGAGUGGACCUGCAAAUUGUUCGAUCAGGAUCCGGCCACUGGAGAGUGGCACUACAAAUAUGCUGAUACCAGACCGUGGGACCCUCUGAACGAUAUGAUCCAAUUUGAGAAGGAUGGCACCAUCCAGACCAAAGUGCGGCAUCGGACACCCAUGGUCAGCGUUCCCAAAAUCAAGCGAAAGCCAGCCAGUCAGAAGAAAGGAGAGUGUGGCUUCUCCUCUCCAGAGCCUGAUAACCAGGACUCCUCUGGCAGUGAGGCACAACUUCUGAAGCAUAACACCAGAAUAAGGAAAAAGGGAGCAGACCUUGGUGAACUACAGAGUGCCAUUGAAUCUAUAAAGGAAACACAAGAAGACAUUAAGAGGGACAUCAUGGCUCUACGGAACAGAGUCACUUCUAACUCACCUCCCACGGACUACCCCUUCCUGCAGUUCAAGCACUAUGUCUUCAUUUUACUUGUGGUUCUGCUACAGCUUAUCAUUAACUUCCUGUUCAAAUAGAAAGUCCGAACAAGGGCCUUUCUGAACUGGAAUGAUCAAACUGUUCCUGGGGACCAUGUUUUCAGUUGGACUUUAAAUGAUGCAAUAGUAUCUGACAGAGCCCUGUAGCAGCGUCCACGGCUCAGAACCAUGCUCCUGUCUACCCAGCUGAAGGAAGAGUUGUCUAAGUGCCAGUCUGCUCUUGCUCCUGGUGUGUGCCUCUGUCUCACAGACACAAGACAUCAGCCUUCUGGAUUUUGUUAUGUCAUAUGCUGUACCACAGAACAGAUGACUUAAACCUUCAGAGGUCAGAGCCUGUAGGUAGGCUGUGAGAGUGAGAAAUGAGCAAUCCUUGGUACCUUUAAACUUACCACGUCGGUAACAAAGGAACUUCUGGAGUAGCCACGGUUUUUGUAAAUGGCAGUGGGUGUUUGGAAGUAAAGUUUCGUUUAAGGUCAGACAAAUACCUUAUUAUACAGAGGCCAUAAGUGUUGGAAAUUGGCAGGUAAAGAGCCUGAAGCCUCUGGGAAUUCUGCAACGCAACGCCCGGGAUUUGUUUUGGACCCUGCAUUACUGUCACGGCUCGAGAGCCAGCAGUUUUAUCUUUCUAGUUUUAAAACUUCAGAUUCUUCAUAAAAACAUUCCUGCAUCUACUGUACAGAGCAUGUUUGCAGUAGUGCAGCACCUGACAGGCUGCUGUCUUGGUCCACUCUCUCACAAAAGUUAAGGCUUUAUGAUAUGUCUGUAAGCCUUGAUAUAUCUACAGCUGUGAGUUCACGUCUGUGUGUGGACAUGUCUGACAGCAAGCAGACAAACUGCUGAUGCCAGGACUCUGCCUUCUGAAACAGAAUGUCUUGAAGAUGCAAAGAUGUAGCUUGUGCUGAACCUCCCCAAAGGUAGGCAGUGUACAACAGAAUUCAGGCACCACCGUGAGUUCACUUGCAAGUGAAAGCUUUUGUGUUUGCAAGGAGGGAGUCUUUGGAAACUGGGAUGGCUUACAGCAUGCCAGAAGAGCUGAGGGUGAAACUCACAUAGCAUUCAUGAACAGAACACACAGAUGCACCUGCUCAUUAUGCUGUAGCCACAGAAGUUACUGUGAAGCCUAAGUUUCAGUUCAAAACCAGCGUUUCUAACGGUUUAAUUUGAAGCAGUGUAUGCAUGAACAGAACUUGUAAGAGCCCAACAAAACAGUGCAGUGCCAGUGUUUAUCUGAUGAAUUCUUUCUGCCAGUCAGGUGUACCAAGUCAAAGGGGCUGUAACAUGAUGAGUAGGACAACGCAGAGGGCAGCCAAGGCUGUUUUCAGAAGCUCCUGAGCAGCAGAGCAGUUCUGAGGUCAGCUGUAGCUUUUUGCCAUGGCCUGUUUACCCCUCUGCCUUGGCCAGCCUCCCUGAUCUCCAGGUGAUCAGUCUUCCUGUUCUGCAUCAUCCUCACCAGAACUAGUGAGAACACUUUGUUGGUCCAGUUCAUAUAUUCCUGUGGCUGAUACCUUCAUGCUCCUCCCUUUCUUGUACUUUGGGCCUCAGCAACGUGCAUGUUUAUUACUUAAAGCAAUCAACUUCAAAUUCUUACAGCUUCCUAUUAGCCUAGCUUGGUCCUGAAUAAUUUUCUGGAACAUAGUACCUUAACCAGAGUUAUCUUGUAUAUGUGGGCAAGACCAAAUUUGGUUGGACUUCUGUUAUAUCUACAGCUGAUGAGGUAAAAUUUGUGCAAGUCCCUGUGGUGGGAGAAAAAAACAAACCCUAAGUCUCCUCUCUAACCAGAAACUGAAGUCAUUGUCUAUGUAUCAAAUGGCAUAAAGAAAGGAGAAUAUUAUAGCACUAAUAUUCUCAGCAUGAACCUUGGCCAUUCAUUAUCACAGUCAGCUGUCAAGGCUUCACCUGUCUUAAGAUCCAUUACAAGACUUUAAAUGUACUCUGUACAUGACAGUAAUACAGGAGGAAAUGAGUGACGAUUUGGGCAAUAACUUCAGUCUCCUGAAACAAUACUCUGCUACAUUUGUGGUGCUGAAACUCUUGACUUGUCAGUUAAAAGCUUUUGUCUUCCUUAUACCUAGAGCCAUCCGUUGUCCCUUUCAUGCUUCAAGGUCAGUCACUAACAGAGCCUGCAGCUGUCUUUAUACAGAGUGCAGAGCAGUCACUGCAGAUUGGCUCCAGCCAGCUCGCUGGCAAUGGCCUGGGCCAGAUAAUCUCCACCCAAAAUUCAUGCUCAGCUCAAGGCAAGCGGAAGACUUGAACAGAGCAAGACCAAAUGCUUGUGCUUGUUCUCAGCUUACAUUUUUAAGUUCAGUUCAGUUGUGGAAGUGAAUGUAGUGAUGGGCCAGGAAGGUGAGAGCUAUGAUAAAGCUUUCUGAAAUGUGGAACUGCCUGUGUGAGCAAAGCAGUUGGCUGGCUCAAGCUGACAAGCACGGCGAGCACCUUGUAUGCUCUCGUAUGCCAUUCCUUCCUGUGAGACAGCAAAGAAAUCUCUUGCCUGAUUUUUACAGUACAGCUGGGCAGAGGCAUGCACGAAGCCUUUUCUUUCAUGCGUCACCAGUGUCCUGUUUAACCACCACGUUAGCUGGUUUUGAAUAUUGCGAACUCUGCCCACAGUUCUAAACAUUGUGCAGUUGCAGAUGCUCGAGGGCUGUGGCCUCCUAGUUUUCCAAGUUUAAAGCAGCACUUGUUUUCACCUCUGAUCUGCAGAUCUUAUCUGUUGUUCCUGUACAGAAGAUGUUUUCGGAGUUUGCUGCCAUGUCUUUUUGUUGGUUUGUUGCUUGGUUUUGUUUCGAAUGCACUCGAAGCCUUUAAUUUGCCAUUUGCAUAGGUAGGAACAGGUAACCCCAGGCCAGGAAAAGGAAACAUGCCGUGUGAACUGCAGCAGGUAUCAGCUGCAGCAGUACCGGAUGCCUCUUGCUUUUCGCGUGGAGAUUCCUUUUAAGGAGCUGACAUUACUUGAUGAGGCUGCAGUCUGGUUGUUUGCCCGCCCCGGUUCGAUCUGGUGAAGCACUGCAGGUGUAGCGGUGGUUUCCUCCCUUUCGUUUUCAUUCGCUGCCGUCGUGUGCCUUUGGGAUUUGUUUGUAGAUGUUUCUUUUUCUGCUAGAAUGGUGUUUAUGAAACAGACUUUGGGUCUCAUGUUUUGUAGUUUCUUAAGGGAAGUUUCUUCACCACUCUGUAAACAGCAUACCCGGGAGUCUGUACACCUCUAAGUUUGUUAUUUCAAGGGUGUCCUCGAAUCAUAAAACCGAGUGGAUGAAUUCAAGUAUUGUAAACAGUGCCUUCUGGAUGGGGUUCUGGAGGGCUUUCUUGCUCUUCUGAGACAUGUAAAGAUGUGUCAACUUUGUGCCAUAUGUAACAUCUGACUUUUGUGAGGGCUUUUGUGUUUGGAAACUAACUUUCCUGCUUCGUCAGUCUCCAGGGGUGAAGCCCUAACUAUUAAAACACAUUAAAUUAUUCCUUCUUCUG